GCCUCUUCCAACUCUUAAAAACUCCCAUCUCUCCUCACACAACCCUCAGGGGAAGCUCUUCUGCCAAGGGAACAGUGCUAAAAAGCACAAAUAAAGGAGACAAUGGCGAAAAAGGUCGCAGUGAUUGGAGCAGGGGUCAGUGGCCUGAUCUCUCUAAAGUGCUGUGUGGACGAGGGUCUGGAGCCCACCUGCUUUGAAAGGACUGAAGACAUCGGAGGACUGUGGAGAUUCAAAGAAACCGUGGAGGAUGGCCGAGCUAGCAUCUACCGCUCCGUCAUCACCAACACUAGCAAAGAAAUGUCCUGUUUCAGUGACUUCCCAAUGCCAGAGGAUUUCCCCAACUUCCUGCACAACUCUAAACUCCUGGAAUAUUUCAGGAUCUUCGCCAAGAAAUUUGAUCUUCUAAAAUAUAUUCAGUUUCAGACAACCGUCAUUAGUGUGAAAAAACGCCCAGAUUUCGCGUCUUCCGGGCAAUGGGAAGUUUAUAUUCAGAGCAAUGGCAAAGAGCAGCGUGCUGUCUUUGACGCCGUUAUGGUUUGCAGCGGCCAUCACAUCCAGCCUCACCUGCCGCUCAAGUCCUUUCCAGGUAUCGAGAGGUUUCAAGGCCAGUAUUUCCAUAGCCGCCAAUACAAGCACCAAGUGGGGUUCGAGGGGAAACGCAUCCUGGUGGUUGGAAUAGGAAACUCAGCCGCAGAUAUUGCCUCUGAACUGAGUAAGACGGCAGCGCAGGUGUUUAUCAGCACCAGACAUGGAUCCUGGGUCAUGAGCCGAAUCUCUGAAGAUGGCUACCCCUGGGACAUGGUGUUCCAUACUAGAUUUAGCUCCAUGCUCCGAAAUGUCCUGCCCCGCACAAUCGUCAAGCUGAUGAUGGAACAACAGAUGAAUCGCUGGUUCAACCAUGAAAAUUAUGGUCUGGUGCCACAGAACAAAUAUCUUAUGAAGGAACCUGUAUUGAAUGACGAUCUCCCCAGCCGCCUGCUGUACGGAGCCAUCAAAGUCAAAACACGAGUGAAGGAGCUCACGGAGACAGCCGUGGUCUUCGACGAUGGCACGGUAGAGGAAAACAUAGAUGUCAUUGUCUUUGCCACGGGGUAUACGUUCUCUUUCCCUUUCCUGGAAGACUCACUGGUUAAAGUGGAGGAUAAUAAGGUCUCGCUGUACAAAGCCAUGUUUCCCCCUCGCCUGGAGAAGCCAACCCUUGCGUGCAUAGGUCUCAUCCAGCCUCUGGGCUCCAUCUUCCCAACUGUAGAGCUUCAGGCACGUUGGGCGACAAGAGUUUUCAAAGGCUUGUGUCGCUUGCCUUCGGAGACAACUAUGAUGACAGACAUUGUUGAAAGAAAUGAAAAGAGAGUUGAGCUGUUUGGGAAAAGCCAGAGCCAGAUACUGCAGACCAAUUACAUUGAUUACCUGGAUGAACUCGCCUUGGAGAUCGGUGCAAAGCCAGACUUCAUCUCCCUCCUUUUCAAAGACCCUAAACUGGCUGUGAGACUCUACUUCGGACCCUGCAAUUCCUACCAGUACCGCCUCGUUGGACCUGGGCAGUGGGAAGGAGCCAGGAAUGCCAUCCUCACCCAGAAGCAGAGGAUCCUGAAGCCCUUGAAGACCCGUACUCUCCAGCCCUCAGCAGGGACCCCAGUGGCUUUCCUGCUCAAGAUCCUGGGGCUUCUCGCUGUUGUUCUGGCCUUCUUUUUCCAACUUCAGGGGUUCUAAUCUGUCACAUGACACUUUUCUCCACUGCCUCUUUGAAAGGGAGACUGAAGAAAUUACAUCCUCAUUAGAAUUUUACUUCAGGGGAACAAGUAGGGGGACUAAUAACAGGGAGAUCAGAAGACUUAGGUCUAGAUAUAAAACUAAAUUAAAGUCACAGGAUGUUCUUAUCAUCCUAUUUCCUCAAAUUCAUCAGUCUCCAUUCAGUAUCUACAAUAACACCAGCACAGGUAGAUAGUGCCAUCAGGCGUGGCGGGUUUUGAGUUACAUAAUUUAAAAAAUCAGUAAAAUUAUGCAGAAUAAAUCAUAAUUGAGCAUGCUAGCACAUGCCUUUAAUCCUAGCACUUGGGAGGCAGAUGGAUCUCCAUGAGUUUGAGGCCAGCCUAGCCUACCAAAUGAGUUCCAGGACUGCCAGGACUGCAUAGAGAGACCCUUUCUCAAAAGACAAAAAAAGGCAACACACUGAAGAACUUAAAUUGUGGUAGACAUUUCACAUCUUGUACACUAUGCUCAGUGCUGCUCCUGUGCAUACUCUGGUCACCAUUCCCACUUAUUGGGGUCUACUCUCUUGUCUUUAUGAGAGAUCACUCAGAGAUACUGGUGGACAAAAAAGAGAGGAGAGACCAAAAGCAACAAUGCUCAGAUAUUCUUUAAGUUCCUUAUACCGUAAGCUAAGGAACUAGACACAGCUCCUGCAUAUUGAUAAAAACACUGGUCCCCUAGCUACAAUAGAUCCUAUUUCUCACAGAGUAGACACUGUGCUGUGUGGACAUUAUGUAUUUUACUGUAUUUAAUUCUCAUAGCAACUGUGAGAUUGGUUGACGCUAUAUAUAAUACCUAUUCUACAGAUGUCACUGAGGAGGGGGACAUUAUAGAGCAUGUCCUAAACAGCUGGUCUUGAGAUGAUGCUUCAAUUGAAGACCAAUUUGUUAAACUCUGGAACUAAUGGUCAUUACCUCACCAUGUAAUAUGCUUAUUUAUGAAAACUCCACUCUUGAUGAAGUACUUCCUAAUCGUUUAUUUUAUUCAUUAUAAAAUCACACUAUAUUUCUAUUCAUUAGCAUAAAGUUUUCUAAAACUAUUGUUAAAAAUGGCACUUUCCUUGCAAAUAGAAUCUGUCUAGGUUCAUUUAUAAUAUUAGAUCUGUAUGUCAGCUGGAGUUGAAGACGCGCUUGAGGUAGGCUCAAUGGUGCAGACCUUUAAUCCCAGCACUAAGGAGUCAAGGCAGUGGAUCACUGUGAACUUGAGGCUGGGUUGGUCUACAUAGCAAAAUAUGGGCCAGCCAGGGCUAUAUGGUGGCACCCUGCCUCAAAAGGAAAAUAAUUUCAAAGAGAUUUAGAAUGAAAAUUGGCUAUGCAGUAAUAUUUAAUCAUCGCCAUUUGAAAGAAUAAGAAAUGAAACUGUCACAGUGACAGAGCCAGGACCUAGAAUUAACAUUAUAGGUAAGAAAGGCAAAUCUCAGGAAUGUGCUGUCUUUGUUAUCGGAUACGAGGGGAGUUGUCAGUUAUGAAAGACAUUUUCUUGGAAUGGAAAACUAAAAGCGGCACAAGCCAUUCAGCGUCAGCAAGCAUUGAGCAACAUAGCAAACAGCAGGCUCCAAACACUCCUGAUAGCAUCUCUUUCCAUGAACCACACUGUGGAAGAUAAGAUAUACCCAGAAACCAGACCAAGCCUCUGCAGAGGAGACAAAGGUCAGGAUAGUGAAGAUCUAAGUAAAUAGCUCUUCUGUAUCCCCCCAAGCCUUGGUUCUCAACUUUCCUAAUGCUACACUCCUUUAAAACAGUUCCUCAUGGUGUGGUGACCCUUGACCAUAAAAAUUAUUUCAUUGCUACUUCAUAACUGUAACUUUGCUACUCUUGUGAAUUGUAAUGCAAAUAUCUGAUAUGGGACCCUUGUGGGGGUCUCCACCCACUGGUUGAGAACUACUGCAUCAAAGCUUUGUGGGCACUAUCUUUAAACCAGCCCCUCUCUCCUCUCUCUCCCCUUGAAGUCCCCCCUCCCCCGCACCUUUCCAGUCUGAUGGCAAUCUCUUCCCAUAGAAACUUCUUUCUUUUAAUUGGACUGCAGAAUUGCCCAUCGGGCAAAGCCUUGUAAGCAUAAGAAUAUGAAUUUGAGCCUCAGAGCCCACAUUUUACAAGCCAGAUGUGGCAGCACACACUUCUAAUCCCAGAACUAGGGAGCGAGAUGAUGACAGUUUCCAUGGUAACCCUGGCCAGCCUCGUCUAUUUUAAUGACUUCCAGGUCAGUGAGAGACCUCAUCUCAAAAGACAAAAGUGGGCAAUGCCCGAGGAACGUUACCAGAGCCUCACCUCUGGCCUACAUACACAUGCUUGCAUACAUUUGCAUGCACCCCUGCACACACACACACAUGCAACUGCACGCACUUGAAUACACACAAACAUAUAUACAUAUUCGUAUACACAAAAGUUCACUGAUAUUAUUUAUAGUUGCAUUUAAGACUAUUUACUAUACUCAGAAGCAAAAAUUACAAAUGAAAAUGUAUUGUGUGCAUCUAUGAAAUUCUCAAACAAAAUUUUUUAAAACUAAAAGUUACAAAUUAUAUAUAUAUAUAUAUAUAUAUAUAUAUAUCCUUAGUUCUUAAUGAGAAGUCGAUUACUUGUGCCAGACAAGAUGGCCCAGCAGGCAGAGGAACUUGCCACCCCACCAGGCUUCAUGAUCUGGAGGAAUCACGGGUUCAAUUCACAGGAGGAAAGGACCAAUUCUUGCAAGAUGUCCUCUGACCUCUGUAUGGGCACUCAUAUUUACACCCACACACAAUAAACAAAUAAAUAUAAAUAAAUAAAUAAAAUGCAGUAAAAAAUAAAUAAAAGCAGAUUACUUUUUUGUCAACUAUUAAAAAUUCUUUUCAAAUCAUUAUAUUAAAUUACCAAGUCUGAAAAGCAAAAAUCAGCGAACUACUGUACGGGGACCAAAACAUGAGUUUUCAUGCUGGUUUCCUGAGGACAUGGACACACCCACUCAUUUAUUGCCCUUGCCUUUGUGCUUUUAUGCUCCUGAGGCAGAGUGGAAUAUUUGGAAGAGGACUGAGGGUGUGGGCCUGAAACCCUGGGAUCUUUACUAUCUGACUGCUUGCAAUACACAUGCCAGCCUGCUUUCCAGGUGCCAGGCAAUGCUCUCGUGGCGUCUCUGACCUCAGCUCAUUUAAUCACUGUGACGGCCCCACUGAAGCAGCUUUGCCCAUUACGCUGCCCCUCCAAAAGAAACGAAGAACACCUGUUAGAUCAGCGCUACAGGAGGUUCUACAGGAGGAUUGGUUCUGAGACAAAAUUGUCAUUAAAUUAACAGCACUAAAAAUUU